GAUGUGGAGCCAUCGCAGACGAUCCUGGGGAGAAUCCUGAAUCUCUGUAAACAAUACUGCGUCGUCUCUGGGGCAUGCUCGAAGGCUGCGGUCUUCCUGAUAUCGAAUUUCCUCACAAGAUCGGACGUGAAGAGGCUACACCUCGAGGAGAUGAUCACCUGGUGCUUGAGUUCUCUCCAGAGGGAUCCCACGACACACGGUCCACUGGCGGUCCUGGCGUCGAUCCUCAAACAUUCAGCGCGUGAGGAUCUCAAGCCCCACUGUCAGAGAAUCUUCGACAGCAUCACAAAACUAGAGCUCAGCAAAUCAGGACACGCUGGUGAUCUCGUCUGUCGUUACGAGAUGAAGGUCAUUCAGAGGAUCGGUCUGAUCGUCCUGAGGCCAAAAUUGGCAACGUGGAGGUACAAGAAGAAAGGCCAGACGAUCAAUCUCCUCCAAGAUUCCCCAAAAACCCCAGAGGAAUCCAUAAAAGAUCCACCAACUGAGAUAUCAAGUGAAGCCGACGAAGAGGAUGUGCCACCAGUGACAGAAGAGAUAAUCGAGCAGUUGAUCCAGGGGCUGAGGGACAAGGUGAUAACAAUCAGGUGGUCAGCCGCCAAGGGAAUAGCGAGGAUAACAUCUCGUCUGCCUGUCGACCUGGGGGACGAGGUGGUGGGAUUCGUUUUGAAUUUAUUCUCAGGAAGAGAACAGGACACUGCAUGGCACGGUGGUUGUCUAGCCCUUGCAGAGCUGGGGAGACGAGGUCUUCUGCUUCCUCAUCGACUCCCGGAUGUCAUUCCAGUUGUUCUGAAGGCUCUGGUGUUCGACGAGCCUCGAGCCUACGGCUCCAUCGGUGGAAUCAUCAGGGAUGCUGCCUGUUACGUCUGCUGGUCCUUCGCACGUGCCUUCGAGCCCCACAUCUUUCAGCCCCACGUCCAGGAAAUCGCAUCGACUCUCCUCAUCGUCACGUGCUUCGACAGAGAAAUCAAUUGCCGUAGGGCAGGCUCUGCUGCCUUCCAGGAGAACGUUGGACGCCAGGGCAAUUUCCCUCAUGGCAUUGACAUUCUCACUGUUGCUGAUUACUUCGAGGUCGGUGUCAGGAGUAACGCCUACCUCAAGAUCAGUGUCCACAUUGCUCAGUAUAAAGAGUACACUGUCCCCAUGAUCGAUCACCUCGUCCAGAGGAAAAUUGGCCACUGGGACACUGCCAUCAGGGAAUUAUCUGCCAAGGCUCUGGGUAAUUUGACCUUCAGGGAUGUUUAUUACAUGGUGGAGACUGUUCUACCCAUUCUCAUUGACAAUCUCAGGUCGAUUGAUCUCAAUGUUCGUCAUGGAUCCAUCCUGGCGAUCGCUGAGAUUCUUGAGGCACUUCACGGGCAUUUUGGUGGGAGUAUUGAGGCCAGGAUAGGUGUUCCUGAGGUUGAGGAGAUCGAGAAGAUCAUUGGGAUGUUCAGGUCUAGGGGACAGUUCAAGGGCCUCGGUGGGGAGCUGAUGAAGCAGGCGUGUGCCACUUUGAUCAGCAAGUGCUCGCAGGUGCAUUUUCCAGUGGGGAGGGAUGUCGUUGGGGAGUGGCAGAGACUCCUGGAGGAGUGUCUCAGUCAUGAAGUCGCUGGGGUCAGGCUGAGGGCAGCUGAGGCGCACAGCAGCUUCUUCUUGGAGUACUAUUCUCAGGAUGAUAAUAAGGACGACCGGGAUACAAUCGUCAGUCGUUAUUUAGAGAAUUUGAAGUCCAGUCAUCAGACGGUGAGAAUUGGAUUUGCUGAGGCGAUGGGGUACUUCCCAGGAUUCCUCCUGAAGGAGAGGUUCGAGGACAUCGUCUCCGGAGUAAUCGAAUGCACCUGCAUUACUGAGGAAUCAUCCAAGUGGGCAGAGAGCAGGAAAAAGGCACUCCAGUCCCUGACGAUGGUCCUGCAGACACUAGGAGUCAAGGAGAUGGAGACCUGGAGGCCCUUCGUAUCUCGAAUGUAUCGGUGUUAUCUCCUGGCGUUGAAGGAGUACACGAUCGACAGCAGAGGUGACAUUGGUGCGUGGGUGAGAGAGGCCUCGAUGUCAGGACUGCAUGUCCUCACGAAUCUCGUCGCCCAGGGUAAUAUGUCAGAGGUCCUGGAGAAGGAUCUGAUGGGAGAAAUUGUCGGUGGAAUUGCCCAGCAGGCGGUGGAGAGGAUCGACAGGACGAGGGUCCAGGCUGGAAUGGUAUUCUGUGGACUUCUGUACAGGCAGCCAAAUCUACCGAAUAUCCCUCAUCACCAGGAGCUCAUGGAGAUCUUCCCCAACGACGAGUGCAGGGAUUGCAUCGACUGGAAGACUGCGUCCCACACGUUCCCCAGGUUUAUAAAAAUGCUGGCAUUUCCUGUGUACACGGAGCACCUCCUCAGGGGUAUUAUCUUCAGUGUUGGAGGUCUCAGUGAGAGUCUCGUCAAGUACUCGAGUGUCUCUCUGUUCUCUUACCUCAAUGAGAUGGGGGAGGAGACCCUGAAGGAACUCAUGGGGAAGGUCUUGACGAUUUUUGAGGAGAGCCACAGGCAGGAGAGAAUGAUCACCGCAAUUCUUGCAUUUUUGGAUCGACUACUCAGCUCUGGGUGUGUUCAGGUCGUUCUUGAUGAUCCUGAGAGUCCGAUUCCAGAGAAAAUGCUCGGGCUUUUGAAGAGAGAACUCAAGUGCAUGGGAAAUGUCAAACAUAUUACAGCUAGCAUCAAAGUUUUUUCACAAUUGCUGCAGGUGAGGGGAUCCGUGGGUAAACAAGCGUUCACUCAACUGAGUAUUCUCCUCUGCAAUAAAUUCCAGUGCAUCCGGAAAGUGACGGCAAUCAGAAUCUACGAGGCCUUCACCCUCUACGGCGAGGACAUGGACCUCCCCGAGGAGAAUCUCAUGAAAAUCCUCACCGAGCUGAAUGGAACCGACUGGGAACAACCGGUGGACGUUGUCAGGCCCAAACGAAAUCAUCUCUGCGAACUCAUGGGCGUUCCCAUUCCGGUCAUCAAGAAAAAGUUAAUUGGAAUGUCGUAGGGAUGUCAAGGUCAUUUCGUAAUUAAUCCAAGGAUUAUCUAGAGGUCACAAUGCAGUUUCUGAAUUUCGACAUAAUUUUGUAAUUAAUUUUUAUCUUAUUACUAAACCAACGAAUUUUCGCUUA